UCGCUCCACCUGUCCGUCCACAGGUUCACCUCCCUCCUAUUUCUUCUCUUCCUUGCCCCCGUUUUCUCCUCCUCCUCCACCUCCUCCUCCCGCCCCCAGUGGGUUCUCCAGCGUGUCCCCGUGGUCCUUGCACAGCAGACGGAGGCUCGGUCGGCCCCUCACUUCCUGUCUCCGGCCCGCUUGGAUGUCAGCUCCCCCUGUGACCCAGAAUGCCACAAGAGGGCCCCUCGGCCGAGCUACUGGGACCUGCGGAAUCUGCUGGCCUAUGAGACACUCAACUCUGAUGGUCAACUCACUGAGACCGCCGUUGGGAUCUACGGUUACGACCCAAGCUCAGACACCAGUUCGGCCUACUCCGCGCGGUCGUCUGAGAAGGCCCAGCGCUCGCACGUCAGGAGGAAGCGGCAGAUCUUCGGCCAUGAUGGGCGUUUUAGCAUUGCUGGUCAGGACUUCCUGCUUAAAUAUCCAUUUUCGGUGGCAGUCAAGCUGUCCACUGGGUGUUCUGGUACAUUGGUGGGGGACCGUCAUGUUCUCACAGCUGCUCAUUGCGUUCAUGAUGGUAAAAACUAUGUGAAAGGAGCCCAGAAGCUCCGGGUCGGGUUUCUCAAAACCAAGCAACGGGACUCACGGGCUUCUUCCUUUUACUCUUCCUCCAACUUCACCAACCAUGUUGAAGGUGGCCCCUCUCCUUAUGGCCCGCCAACCAACGACAAGAUGAAAUUCCAGUGGAUCAGAGCCAAGCGCACCCAUGUGCCCAAAGGAUGGAUUAAGGGGAAUGCCAAUGACAUCGGGAUGGACUAUGACUACGCUUUGCUUGAGCUCAAGAAACCCCACAAGCGGCGCCACAUGAAGCUCGGAGUCAGCCCCCCGGCUCAGAGGCUGCCCGGCCGACGAGUCCACUUCUCAGGAUUUGACAAUGACCGCCCUGGCAAGCUGGUGUACCGCUUCUGUCGGGCCGGCGAGGAGACGUCAGACCUGCUGUACCAGCACUGCGACGCUCAGCCCGGUGCCAGCGGGUCAGGAGUCUACGCCCGGAUGUGGGAUGGCCGGCGGCAGCGCUGGGAGCGGAAGGUGAUAGGUGUGUUUUCAGGGCAUCAGUGGGUGGAGCGACAAGGGGCGUCUCAGGAAUUUAAUGUAGCGGUGAGAAUCACGCCUCUCAAAUACGCUCAGAUCUGCUACUGGAUUAAAGGAAACUUUGUUGACUGCCGGGAGGGGUGAGGGGUCUAGCUGCGAAACCAUAGGCCCACUGCUUCUUUAUACAAACAACUGGAAGAUUUGGGGCUGCAUGAAUCCACACUUUUCCACCCACAUCAUUUGUAGCACUGACAUAACAUCAUUAUGAAUUCAUUUUGUUUCUUGCCCCCCCUACACUCUCAUACCCAAAUAUAAGAAACUGUAUCCUACUACAAUAAGUAAUGUAAAUACAGACCUGACAGACACAAUGCUAAAAUAUGAAAAAGUUAAAUAGUUUUGUGUUAACUGGGGAAACAUUUAGGUCAUGUGGUUUUGCAGAAGAGAAGCAGGUUUAUCCGUGUCUUGGAACAUUUAUCUGGAUAACAAAGUCAUGUGGGAUACGCUUGGAUCUGGAACAUGGCCCGCAGAAAGAGCAGGACUAAGGAAAACUGUUUCACUAUGUAUUCUAGUCUUGUGCUAAUACUAAAGAGUUCACUGUUAAAACUCUUGAAGUUUUUCUACUGAAAAUGUUUUUUUUCUUGUGGAUGAAUGUACAAGUCCGUUACCAAAGGUAGCUAACAAGUUUCACUCCAAAAUAUCAUGUAACUCCUCUCAGCGGACACACUAGUUAUCUACACGGUGUACUCUGUCAGCUGGGAAGAAGGUUAACUUGUUACACAGAAUGAUGAUUAAAUGACUGCAGAUGUCAUGGCUGCAGGUUACUAGUAUGUGUACUUUAAUGCUUAGCGCCAUCUGGUGGCAAAGAUAAUACAUUGCAGGUGUCCAAGAUUAUGCAACGCAGACCUUCAUAAGCACUUUUUAAAAAACAUUUGUGAAAGCACAGAAACAGAAGACUGUGGUGAAUUUAAUGAAAUAUAUACUUUGAAAUAAGCAA